AUGUCACGAGGUUCUAAAAGUGCUAUCCGUCUGGCCAGUGGCAUCGUAGAAAUCAAAAGCAAGUUUGAUGCAGAGUUCAGACGGUUCUCUAUUGAGAAAACCAGAAUGACCCAGUUUGAUGACUUCUACGUGCUGCUGGAAGAGCUCCAUCACCUGGUGCAUGUGCCCUUCAUUAUCACCUACACAGAUCCAGUUCACAUGGACCUCCUCCCCAUCAACAACAAUGAGAACUUCAACAGAGCUCUCUCAACGGCUCGACCUAGUUUAAAAGUUCUGCUUCAGCGAAAAGGUGAAAGUUAUGGAGAAUUAAAUGGUUAUGGAUCACAGCCGGUUAAAAGAAGAAACCCAAUUUCAAAGCUGAUAAACAAUGAGCCGACCCCUCGGCCACGAAUUCAGAUAAACUUACUAGAAGACUUCAGGCGUGUUUCGGCCAUUAUAGAUGUGGACAUUGUGCCAGAGACACAUCGCAGAGUGAAGCUCAUGAAAAAUGGCUCUGAUAAGCCGCUUGGAUUUUACAUCAGAGAUGGUACAAGUGUCCGGGUAACUCCUCAAGGCUUGGAAAAGGUUCCAGCAAUUUUUAUUUCUCGACUGGUGCCGGGUGGUCUGGCGGAGAGUACAGGACUUCUUGCAGUAAAUGACGAGGUUUUAGAGGUUAACGGCAUUGAAGUGGCAGGGAAAAAACUGGAUCAGGUAACCGACAUGAUGGUGGCAAAUAGUUCAAACCUGAUCAUCACAGUGAAACCUGUCAAUCAGCACUUGACACUUGCCCCGCAAAGAGGCGGAGCCGGUCGCCACAGCAACCUGUCUUCCAAUUCCCAAGCUUCCCAUAAAUCCCAGGCUUCCAACUUGUCGUAUCACUCGGCCAGAUCUUACGACAGCGAGCCAGUUGCAGAAGCGGAUGAGGAAGAUGAAAUACAAGACCACCUCUCACCAACUCUGAGCAAAUCUUCGGAAAUACCAGAUUCUUCAUUUGACCGGCACAGCAGUAAAGGUUCUGGAAAAUUUGGGAGUACACGUGGGAGUGGGGGAAAAGCCGGCAGUAACAACAGUAGCAAAAGAAUAAUAAAAGGUGCUGAGAAGGAAAACGGAGAUGCAAACGUUGGGCUCUAG